AUUUGAAACACUUCACAGAAUAUAAAAAAAAUUUUUGGUGGUUUUAUUGUAUAUUCCUUACUACCUUUGAACAUUUUUGAUGAUAAAACUGAUAUCUUUAUAAAUGUUUAAACUGGUACUCUUCAACACCAUAUGAAGUGGAGAUCAAAGAAGCCGAAGAGAAAGAUGAGCAAGAUGGCGAUUCUCAUGAUAAGAUGCAUCAAUUUUAUAAUAAUCUUCUAUCUGAGGUCAAGUAUGUAGACUUCAUUGUUCCUGGUGCAAGGUCUAGAAGUAGAUUGAGAAAGAUAUAACUUGAUUCGCAGGAAUUAGAGUUUAGCAGAAGCAGUCAACAUCAAAUUACAAGAAAGUCAUAGAUGCCUUGAAAAAUAGUUAUUUAUAUCUAGUACAGUCUUGUCCCCUCUAGGACUAUUGUCUCUGUGCCUUUUAUUUUAAAAGCACAUGUGUGUUGUAUCGUUAGUGUUAUGUUGUUGAUAGUUUCUGUGGUGUAUGGUUUUUUAAAAAGUUAUUUAAUAAUUUUGUGUAUAUUCUUGUUUUUAAUUCUAUAUGUGUUCAGUUGUGUUCUUUAUUCUUCUUAAACCCUUUUUUUACAAGUUUCAGUAUUUGUUCUUAGUUCAAACUAACAACACGAACAAUCUCCAAUCCCUAUAUCAAUACUUGUAUGUACUGUACAAAUUCGUAGAUGGAAUGCGCUUUGUGCUUGAAAUGCACCUAUGUGCUGACGACUACUUCCUCUAAUUGAUACUCUUACCUUUUAGAAAUAAUAAUGAUGCUAUAAAGUGACCAUCAUGAUAAAAAAACUGAAAAAGUUUUUAACAGAUACACUCUGCUGCAGGAUGAAAAAAUCAUCGUUCACUAUUAUUGUUUUUGCUGUAAUAUUUAUUUUUGGUAACUAUAUACUUUUCAUGAAUUUUUAUAAGAAAGGUAACAUCCAGGUUAACACAAGUAGCACAAAACCAACUGUUCAUGAAAAAAUGGUUGAAAAAGCGAAGUACUCAACCAGUGAGGAAUUAUUUGCAAAAAAAUUUAAAAAGUAUGAGGAACAAAAAGAAAUAAAGAUUGAGGACCAUCAAGACAAUGUGGUAGUUGUGAAAAAAGAUGACCCUCAUAAAAAUUCAGAAUUAUCUUUCAAAGAUAACAGUUUCAAGAUGGCUCUUCUUGUGAUAGCGUGUAAUCGCCCAUCGGUGGGCAGAUGUUUAAACCGUAUUUUUAAGUAUAAGCCAAAAGACGUAGAAAUUCCCAUAAUUGUUAGCCAGGACUGUGGUCAUGAGGCUACGGCUAAUGUUAUUAAAUCGUAUGGUGAAAAAGUGAUGCAUAUUCAACAACCAGAUCUAGGUCCAGUUAAAAACGUGCCACACAAUAUGCACCGUUUCAUGGGCUAUUAUAAAAUUUCACGCCAUUUUAAAUUUGCACUUGGUAAAGUGUUUGAAGACUGGACAAUUGAUAGUGUGGUGAUUGUGGAAGAUGACAUUGAUAUUGCACCAGAUUUUUUCGACUACUUUCUCGCUACACGGCCACUUCUGGAGAAAGAUAAAAGUUUAUACUGUGUGUCUGCGUGGAACGACAAUGGAAAAUCGGAUGCAAUUCAGGAAGAUGCCAUCGAUACACUUUAUCGAUCCGAUUUUUUUCCAGGCCUUGGUUGGCUAAUAACGCGAGAAUUGUGGCAAGAAAUCGGACCUAACUGGCCACUGGGAUUUUGGGACGAUUGGAUGAGAGCUCCCGAGCAGCGUAAAAAUCGCGCUUGUAUACGACCGGAGAUAUCCAGAACAAAAACGUUUGGUCGUAUUGGAGUUAGUCAAGGCCAAUUUUACGAUCAAUACUUAAAGUAUAUUAAACUAAAUACGGAACCGUAUCCAUUUCGCGAUUUUAGUUUAGACAACUUAAUAAAAGACAAUUACGAUAAAAAUUUUGUUGAACUUGUUUACAAUUCCCCAGAGAAACAAAUUGGUGACGUAAUGUCAAAUUCGGAGAGAUCCGAAGAACCUAUUCGGUUAACAUACCGCAAUAAUAACGAGUUCGCAAUGCUUGCAAGAAAAUUCGGAUUAAUGUCUGAUCUGAAAGCUGGUGUUCCACGAACUGCAUAUAAAGGUGUAGUAACUUUAUAUCGAAACGGUCGAAGGAUUUACAUCGCUCCUCCUUCAGACUGGAAAGAAUAUUUAGAACAUUAGGAUAUUCUAGGUUUGAUAAUUUAUAGAUGUACUUUAUAUUUUUUUUUUAUAAAUAGAAAAUAUUUUCAAAGUCGUUUU